AAAGCGUCCGUUGGCAUCCGUCUCGUUCCAGGAGGGCUCCUUCGGUUACGGCCUAGGGAGAGUCACACCCCAGCAGUAUUCCUCCAGCACGCCAAGCUCAGAGCACGACCACACCAGUCAGAACGAAAGCCUGGGAGGCAGCCUGGAAGUGGGCUCCAACAACCCGUUGUUGGCCUCCCUGCUGCCCAACAUGGUCCAGCCCGGGCAGAGUGUCCAGUUGAUGCCUUCAGCUCCUCCUACCAUCCUGGACGGCGCCGUGGCUCUGACCCCAACUUCCCAACAGGAACCUGCCGCUGCUGUUCCUUUCUACUCCAUGGUACCUGCCUCUAUGGGCCCAGCACCUGGCUCUCUGAACCCCUAUGGAGCCGAGAUGAACCCCAUGUACAGGGGGCCAGCGGCGCUGCCAGCAGGUCUACCUCCUCAAGGCCCUGAGCUGCAGCCACAUGAGGGGACCCAGCAUGAAGCAGGGGUGGCUGAACCUCCCGCAUGGAAGGCAGUUGCAGAAGAAGACUUCUACGCGAAGAUGGCAAACAUGGGCCCAGGCCGACGGUCCCGAUCGACCUCCCAGUCUUCGGCCCACAUGGGCCUGGGGCGACGUUCUCGGACGACCUCGGAGUCCUCCGUGCAUUCCAUUGGCCGGGAGAGGCGAAACUCCACCGCCAGGCAGCCUUCUCCGCCCCCAUCCUCGAUCCCCGAAAGGAAGAAAACCCCCAAAGAAGCCAAGAAGGAGCUGGCACCUCAAAAAAGCGGUGGCCACUGGCUUCGUUGGCUGAUGGGGAAAAGCAAAACUGAAGCCCAUCUUCCGGAUGACAAGAACAAGUCG